AAGAGUCUACUAAAAUGUUUUUUGUAUAAUUUUAAUUCCUUUUAUUGUAUAUUAUCGAAUGCUAUUGUUUUAUUUAAAUUUAUUAGAGUCUUCAUAAUUUGAAUUUAAAAAGUAGGCGUCGAAUUAAAAAAAACAGAAGAAGAGUGUCGAUAGUAGUUUAUAUGUACCUACAUAUACAAUUGGUAGUUACAAUGUCUUGUCAAUUUUUGACACCGGGUUUUUAAUUUUAAAUUUACUUUCCUAUUUAAGAAAUGUUUUAUAAACAACAAACACCCCGAAAUUAGACUGAAAUAAUAUCAGGUGUUUAAGCAAGGCUGUGCUAUACGAAUAUUAUUAAGUGUUAGUGCGCGAACGGAAACCUAACCUCUAUUGAUGUAAUAAUAUUUAUAAUUUUAAACAAUUAUGUCGUUUUUACUGAAUUCCGGACAAGCGAAACAAUAUUUAAAUACGUUUAAGCAAAUUUUACCUCUGGAUAUCCAUUUAACUACUACACAAAAGGUCGUGAUAGGUUCUGUAUCAGCAAGCGUAGUACUGAUAGGAGUUCUAGCAAGGCUUCUUCGUAGAAAGAAAAACAUGCUAGACCCCUCAAAGUUGCCGAAAAAUAUUUUUAACGGUAAAUACUCGCGGUUGUCUGGUAUUAGAAGUCCGUUUGGUGAUGUGGGAAGUGUGGCUAGUAGUGGCAGGAGAAGUGGAACUUACAGUAUACCAGGAGAACGAUAUAGACAAAGUUCUAUAGCUGCUAGUGGCAAAGCAUCAGUUGCUUCUGGUAGUAUAGUGAGCAGUGGUUUGCCCAUACCUGAGGGACUCGACACAACUAAUUUAACUCCACAGCAGCUGGGAGUUAUGGGUAUGGAAGCCCUAGAAACGUGCAUAGGCUACUGGGAAGACGCGUUGGCGGCCUACCGCAACACCACCAAAGACGGAUCGGCCCCUUUCGCGGUACUGGGCCCAGAGGAAACGGCCUUUUGCAAGGAUAUCCAACAGCUCCUGGAAUACGCGAUCGAACUACAAGAGAAUUCGGAAAUGCUGUUCCUGGACGAAAUGUCGAUAUUGUUUAGAUCGGAGAGCGGCGUCAAAGAAGGAACCGUCAAAGAUGUUGAUUUGUCCGGCGGGGAGAGUUUCGCUUCUGCGCAGGAUAUGGUGGCCGAUCUGCGGGAAUUCGAGGAAUUUUCCGAGUACUUUCCGGAUUUGGAAUCCUACCAGUUGUACCAGAGCGCUUUGAGGCAAGUCGAGAACGGUGGAAUCCCCUGUAGGACGCUCAGAACAGAGGCCGUGAAAUGCGGGACCGAUGGGGAGUAUUUGGCUAAAUUGCAUUGUCUCAGAUUGGCCUUCCAGCAUAUGCUCAGGGAUAGAAUGACCUAUGUGUGGUUCGUUGAUGCUGGUAGACAGGUUUUGGCUGAUUUAUUGUUGUAUGCUGAUAAAGAUCCUAAAGAAUUUUUAAUAGGUUAUGAAGAGAUGAUCAAGUUUAGUCAAGACGCUCAAAAUUGGGAGGACCUGCAAGAAGAACUAAGCGCUAGAGGGAUAAAAGCUCUUACGUUUUACGACAUCGUCUUAGAUUAUAUAUUAUUAGAUGCUUUCGAGGAUCUCAGUAAUCCUCCAUCGUCAGUCACGGCUGUUAUACAAAAUAGGUGGCUGUCAAAGGGUUUCAAAGAGACAGCCUUAACCACCGCAGUAUGGUCAGUAUUGAAAGCGAAAAAAAGAAAAUUACGUUUUCCUGAUGGUUUCAUGUCCCAUUUCUACACGAUAUCCGAACAACUAACCCCCCUUUUAGCUUGGGGCUUUCUGGGCUCCGACGAACUGCUUAGGGAUUCGUGCGUCUAUUUCAAAGAACAAGUCAUGGAAUUUUUAGCGGACAUUUUCAGUUUUCACAAAUGCAAGUACACCACGGUGGAGAAGUUGUCAGAAGACGUGUUCAGUCUGCUAAAGAUGAGAGUCGAGAAUAUUUGCCAAAGGUUGAGCGUCCAAUCUUGAGUAAUCAAAAUGGUGUGUGAUGAACGAUUAUUAGACUGUAAUAGAAAUUUUAACCGAUUUUAUAUUAGCAAUGGACAGGGGUUACCUGUGAAAAAUUAGAUUGAAGCUACAAAUAAUUGGUUCUGUGAUUUCUUUUCAAUUGCCACCGGGCUAUUUGGCUUGCAUUUUUUUCGGGGUGUUUUUUUGAACAAAAUCGAAUUUUUGAGAAUUCUGCUCACAGGGCUAGUCUGAAAUGAAACAUUCUUAUCUAAUCUUCAUCUAGAAAAUAUUUGUGCAAAAGAGCUCGCUAGAGUUCUAC